UAUCGAUGGGCGAUGUAAGUAGGCGUGUAGUUAACGUUUUGAUAAAGCUAUUGCUUAGCUGUAUACUUUCAUUUGUUUUAUGGAUAAUACCUGUGUGUCAUUUCGAUUAUUAUAUACCGAUGAUAUAUUAUUUGUGUAUAUAUAACAGCUAUAUAUAAUAAAACCGAAUAUUAAAAAAAUAUAAGCAGAUUUAGCGACGGUUACGCCAGGAAUAAAACAAUACGUACGUAAAAGCUUUUAGCUCAUUAUACUUAACACACUGUAUGAUUGUAAUAAUUAGGAGGUUGGUUACUACAGACAUUGAUGCCCCAAAGCCGGAAAUUCCUCCAGCGAUCGACGUUAGUAUGUUCGGUGAAUCCAGUGGAUUAGCAGAUAUAACUUUGAUUAUAGAAGAUGUCCGUAUUCCUGUCAUCAGCGAUCUUUUGGCGUUUACAUCACCUGUAUUUAGAGCAAUGCUAAAUGGUGAUGGGAUGAAAAAAGAACAGAAUGAAAUCCAACUACCAGAAAAACGAUUGGAAAGCUUCAUUCCAUUUCUUCGCUGCAUUUAUCCAGAUCUUAAGGACAGAAUUACAGAAAUAAAUGCAGAAAUCAUUCUACCAUUGGCAUCGGAAUAUCAAGUCGUGAAGUUGAUGGAACAAUGUGAAGAUCGCCUUAUUGUCUUGAUUGAAGACGAAAGCAAUCAUAAUAUGUCUUGUGAACAUCUUUGCAAAUUUUUAAAGUUAGCAGAACACUGUAACCGAGAGCGUCUGAGGGAAUUAUGUACCGUCCGGGUUUCUACAUUUCCACUGGAUGUGAGGACGCACCAGAUUGCAACAUAUAAGAUAUCAUUACAAACAGAGCUUCAGAUUGCAAAGUUGGCAUGUCAAAGCCACGAGGCUGAGGUAGAAAGAUUAAACAAGUGUAAUGCAUCAAUAGAAAGUGAGCUCACGACCGCAAAGUCGGAAUGGAAAAGACACGAGGCUGAAGCAGAACGUUUAAAAAUACAUCAUGAUAAGUUAAUCAAUUUUCCAAAACGAUACUAAUAGUACUAAAACAACUGAUCAAACUGGCAAAGUAUGUAUGCAAAAACCUUUAAAUAGCCUUAUAGAACUGUACUAGUGUUGUAUUCAUGUAUUGUCAUCAUGGACGACUAAAGUUAUUGUGGUCGACAAAUACGUGUAAUAUGGUUUUAAUUAUAGAACCUUAGCUUAAAUAAAAAAGCUGUUUGUUAGCAUCAAUUUAACUAACCGUAGAUAAUUUUUAUAGUUAUAAAAGCUCAUUUGCUGAAAAAAAUAAAUAGAGUUGAAUAAAGUCAUAUAAUAGU